AUGUUAUUGUAUAUUGAGUAUUCAGAGAAGCAACAUUGCAAAGCUGAAGGUUACCCUUCUGGUCAAGGACGGGCAUUCGUCUGUAUUACCGGGAUGUCGAAAAUGUCACACAAUCCCACUCCUGCUUCUGUUCCAAUUGAAAAUUCUGCUUUAGAUUCUGUUGAAGCAGCUAAAGCUAAACAGAAUUCUUUACGUGAACGUUUAGCUGCAAGACGUCAACUUUUAGCUUCUGUUACUCAUUCUACAAAAACUUCGUCUUCCGCUGCCUUACUUACAAGUAAUAGCAGUACUGGAAUUGGUUCAAUUAACAAACCUUUUAAUGUUAACCAGUCAACUGUUUCUGUUAUCGAAAAUGCACUGAAACGAAAACUCGGUGAUAAUAAUAUAACGAGUGUGUCGUCUGAUACACUUUCAGUCCAUUCUCAGUCGAAUGUAACUUCUUCAUCAGGAUUAUUGAAUUCGUCAUCUAGUAACUGUGAUCAUAUUGGAAAAUAUCCCUGUCACAAAUCGCAAAAUGUAUCUACUGUCGAUUCGAAACAAUCAGAUCACAGUUGUAAUUUACUCGAUAAAUCAUCUGAUCUCGAAAAAUCAAUCCCUAAACAGUCAAGCAAUAUUCAACAAUUGAAAACGUCACAUCAACAUGUAAUCCAUACAUCAGAAACAAUGCCUACAGACUGUGAACGGAAACUCAAUCUUUCUAAUAUCAGAAAACAAUGUGAAAAUAAUGAGUCAAUAUCCGAUAGAAAUAAACGUCCACCUAAUGAUAAAUGUAAUCAUUAUCAAUCUACUAUAAAAGACACUAAUCAUGAAAUAGAAUUUGAUUUAGAAAAUCUGUUGGGUGCUGAAACGAUACGUGAAAAAGAAAGUAAACGAAUACGUGAAGAAGUUAUGGAAUUAUUAAACAGACAAUCGACCAAAGAAAGAUUCCUAACCGAACGUUUCCGAACUCAAGGAGGCAGUCAAGUACAACAGUUUUGUUCUUAUGGUACCCGUACUGAAUGCUCGAAAGUUAAAUCACGAACUGGUGAUAAGAAACGGUGUACUAAACUUCAUUUCCGUAAAAUUAUACACCCACAUACGGAUGAAUCUCUUGGAGACUGUUCAUUCUUGAAUACUUGUUUUCAUGUUGACACGUGUAAAUAUGUUCAUUACACAAUAGAUUAUACAGAUAGUGUUAAUCAACAAUUGGAUGGUGGUGUUGCUAAUCGGAAUGUGUUAAAUAAUAAGAAAAAUAAUCAAAAUGAUAAUAGUUCUACAACAAAUACAAUGUCUUCGUCAUCAUUAUCAGUAUCAUCGUCACAAAUCAACACAUCUUCAAUAGAUUCAAUUGAUGACGGUGUCAGUGUUAGUGGCGGUGGUGCUGUAAAAGACAAUGGAACAUCACUAAUUUUAUAUCCACCUCAGUGGAUUAACUGUGAUAUACGACUGAUAAAUAUGUCAAUCCUUGGAAAAUUUGCAGUGAUUAUGGCUGAUCCACCAUGGGAUAUACACAUGGAACUGCCCUAUGGAACAAUGUCAGACGAUGAGAUGAGACGAUUAGAUAUACCUUGUUUACAAGAUGAUGGUUAUAUAUUCCUAUGGGUAACAGGAAGAGCUAUGGAACUUGGUCGAGAAUGCUUACGUUUAUGGGGUUACGAACGCGUAGAUGAAAUUAUAUGGGUUAAAACUAACCAAUUGCAACGUUUAAUUCGGACAGGACGUACAGGACAUUGGUUAAAUCAUGGCAAAGAACAUUGUUUAGUUGGUGUAAAAGGCAACCCAAAAGUAAGCUGAAAAUAAAUUUUAUCAGUUAUUCUUUAUUCAAUAAGAAUGACCACUACUGGUUGGCGCCGACACUCAAACUAGCUGUAGGAAAUGAAGUAGUUCAGUGGGUCAACUACUUCACUUAUCUUGGAAGUCUCAUAAAUCCUGGUGGGUUGGUAUGUGAUGAAAUUUCGGUAUGGAUUCAAUAAGCUCAAUUAGUUUCUGCUAAUUCACAUCAAUUGUGGUGUAGAUGAGAUCUCCGUCUCCCAACCGUGCAGCAAUACUUCUCUGUUCUACAUGACGACAGCGAAAUGUGACCUUUAAGAAUUAAGGAUAUUCGUAGACUAUUAGUACUUGAUCACAGAUCCGUUUAAAGCAUUGCCCCCAUAUGUUGGGACCACCGAAAGAGCAGUGGUUAGGUCAGACGUAGAACAUUAAGCAAAAGUCACAAAUCGACUGAGGUGGUUGUGGCGUGCAUUACGUAUACCCAAUCACCAACUACUUCGACGUGAUAUUUGGUAUUGUGGUAAGUUAGAAGGAACCAAUGGUGGGCGGACCAGAACAUAUUUUUCCAUGAGUGCAUUGACUGUUGACUGCAGACCAUCUAGUUAGGGUCCGCAUAAUCAUUGCAACCGACGGUUAGAGAUGAGUAACGUGUAUUAGAAUCGGUCGCAGAUGCAUCCACUAUUUGUCUACUCUUAGAUACUGAGUUUCUAUUUUACCCCAUACAUUUUAUACACAAAUGGGUUCUUUUUAAAUCAUAUGUCUAUGUUUGAUCUUAUCUGCUACUACCGUUACUAUUUCUACUAUUCUCUCACUUGUGUUGAUAAUUUCAUUUCGCUGCGUUAAUGUGAUGUGGCGACGUGAACCAAUUUACAUAUGUACCAUGUUGUAUGUUACGUCUGACUAACUUUAUUUUGGGGGACAAUUUUAAUUAUAUUCUUACACCGAUAUUCGUAUUUUUAUAAGGGUGUAAAUCGAGGUCUCGACUGUGAUAUAAUUGUCUCUGAAGUUCGUGAAACUAGUCAUAAACCUGAUGAAAUCUACGGUAUAAUUGAACGAUUAUCUCCUGGUACGCGCAAGCUCGAAUUAUUUGGACGUCCUCAUAACUUACAGCCUAACUGGAUCACGCUUGGAAACCAAUUGGACGGAACUUAUUUGGUUGAUCCAGCAGUUGUUGAAAGAUUUAAAAAACAUUAUCCAAAUGGUUUGGAUACAAAAGUCAAAUAAAAACUAGACUACCAUGUAUUAAUUCUGAUUUAUACAUACAUCUGUACACUCGAUUUAUAAACUCAUUGUAAAUAUUGUAAAAAUAUAAAGAAUAUUAUUG